CUAUGCCGUCAUACGUGCUAUUGGGACACAUUUGAAGUGCCAUGUGAACCGGUUAAAACAACGCUCCAAACGAUUCGAAGCGUUUGUAGUGUCAAGUGGACUGCACCCUUUGUUACAAUCUGGCUUGAAAAAUUGAGUCUUUGGAAAUACAAGAUGUUCGAAAAAUAUACUUUGCUUUGUCAAGACUUCCUCAGUACAGCUGAGCCUUUCAUUGACAGUAACAUCUUGAAUCAGCUAAAAUGUAAUUAUGUACAUGAAAUUGAUUCAAAACGUAAAUUGAGUCAGACAAAGGACCUCAAAAUGUUUAUCAGAUUACUGGAAAAACGAGAUAUUAUGAGUUACAGUAAUAUACAGCCAUUAUGGUAUAUAUCAAAAAGGUAUAUUCACAAGCCUGAUUUAGAAAGCAAAUUGCAAGAUUAUGAAAGUUGGCUGGAGGCUGUGUCACCAUUAUCUUUAUGUAAUAUAUAUCAAAGUGAAGUUUUGGUACCAUCACUAGCAUCAGAGUCUAUUUGCUCAGAGUACGCAUGCAAUUCUAUGUUAUCUCAAUUGUUAAUAGAAAACUCAACUAAACCAUUCAGUAAUAGUUCACAAACAUUAUAUUGUAAUUCUGAGCAAAAGGAACAAUAUAAUCUUGAUAAAAGAAGAAAAUUACAAGAAGCAGUGAUGCUACAAGUCAAAGACAGACUAGGUCGAUCUUGGCGAGAUGUAGCUAGACAUUUAGGUGUUACAGAAUGUGAAAUCGAUGCUACACAAAGUAAAUAUCCUUAUGAUUUGAAGGAGCAAAUCUAUGAGAUUUUAAAAAUUUAUAUAUUGCAAUCCGACACUGAGCAAUGGGCUAUAAAUCUAAUACGUGCCUUAGAAAAGGGAAGACGGAGAGACAUUAAAGAACUUGUGGAGGAAUUAAUAUUAAAAAAUAGUAAUAUAUGAUAUCAAUACAAGAUUUUUCUACGUGUAUUAUUAAAGCUAAUAUAUAUAUUUCUCUUUUUGAAUUGACACUUUAACUUAUCCUGUUUUCCAAUCAAAUGUGACAUAAUUGAACA